AAGACAAGAGCUUUAAAGGGAGUGGUUUGCACCGUUGUAAGUUGCAGUAUUUCUUCAGACACCUCCACGUGUUCUUCACUCCUAUGUCAGCAAGCAUGGCUACAGACUUUUCUAAGAACGCAGAGGAGAGGCCGGAGCCCUUUAAAGCAGAAGUGAAAGGGAGUAUUCCCAGCUGGCUGCAAGGCACACUGCUGCGCAAUGGCCCUGGCAUCUUUUCUGUGGGGGACACAAGCUACAACCACUGGUUUGAUGGGAUGGCUAUCAUGCACAGCUUCGCCUUCAAAGAUGGCAAGGUGAAGCUGGCUGGAGAAGCAGGCAGACAGGCUGACAGGAAUCCAGGAAACGACAGGAGCGGUGAUCACCAGCACCGGAUAAUCCUUCAGGCAGAGCAAAAGACAGGAGGAGGAAAAGGUGAAGUGACCCACAGAAGCAGAUUUCUUAGAGGUGAUACCUAUAAAGCUAACAUGGCUGCAAACAGGAUAGUUGUGUCUGAAAUGGGGACAAUGGCCUACCCAGAUCCAAGCAAGAAUUUCAUUGUCAAGGCGAUUACCUUUCUCAACCACACAGUGCCUGAUUUCACUGACAACGGCGCAAGCAAUGUCCUUAAAUAUGGAAAUGACUAUUAUGCCACCUCUGAAACCAACUACAUCCGCAAGAUUGAUCCUGUGACCCUGGAGACUCAGGACAAGGUGGACUACAUGAAGUACCUGCCGAUAAACUUGGCUUCGUCCCAUCCACACUAUGACAAAGAGGGCAACGCGUACAACAUCGGGACUUCAAUAGCAGAGAAGGGCAAGACUAAAUACAUACUGUUCAAAGUCCCUGCUGUUUCAGAGAAAGACAAAGGCGAGAGUGCCCCUGCACUGAAGAAUGUGGAGGUGAUCUGCACAGUUGCUUGCCGCUCGCUGCUCACACCCAGCUACUACCACAGCUUCGGCAUGACGGACAACUACUUCAUCUUCAUCGAGCAGCCUUUGAAACUGGACAUCCUCAAGAUGGCCACUGCAUACAUGAGAGGAGUCAACUGGGCGAGCUGCCUGAAAUUCUGCCCUGAGGAAAAUACUUUGAUCCACCUGAUAGACAGAAAGACUGGCAAAGAGGUAGAGACAAAGUACUACACUGGAGCAAUGGUCGUCUACCAUCACGUGAAUGCUUUCGAGGAAGACGGUCACGUGAUCUUCGAUGUCAUCGCCUACAAAGAUAACAGCCUUUAUGAUAUGUUCUACCUGAGCAACCUGAAAGAAAACGCCGGGUUCCAUGACAAUACCUACUCCAAACCAAGCUACAGAAGAUUUGCACUUCCCAUCCGCUUAGACAAGGGCAUUGCGGUUGGAGAGGACCUGGUGAAAGUCAAAUACACGACAGCCAGUGCUGUGAAGGAGAAAGAAGGCAAACUAAUGUGCCAGGCAGAGGUGCUCUGUCAAGGUUUUGAAUUACCCAGAAUUAAUUAUGACAUCAACGGCAAGAGGCACCGGUUUGUCUACGGGAACUGUGUGGAGGAGUCUGCACUGGCAAAAGAGAUUGGGAAGUUUGACACAGAAACCAAGGAAAGGGUUAACUGGAGUGAGGACAACUGCUGGCCGUCAGAGCCUGUGUUCAUCCCCAGACCAAAUGCAGAGUCGGAGGAUGAUGGUGUGGUCUUAACAUCAGUUAUCAACUCAAACCCAAGCCAGUCUAAUUUCAUCCUGAUUCUUGAUGGCAGAACAUUCAAAGAAGUAGCUCGAGCAUACGUGAACACUGAGCUCCAAAAGGAUAUGCAUGGAUUUUUUAUCCCCCAAGGAAAUUAGUCAGUUGUGUAUAUGUAAAAAUUCCUUUUGAGAUCUCCCAAAAAACUGAACUUUGAACGUUGGAAAACACACUGCUGAAUAGUGUUGUGUUUUAGACAAAAGUGUGAUGAGGAUGGACACGGUGGACUUCCUCAUCUCUUUAAAAUUAUUGUGAUUGUAUCAAAGAAAGAUGCAGAUUUAUUCCUUUUGUGUGUAUCAAAAUCUCACUUAAGCAUAUAUAUAUCACUGUUUGUUAUGUAAUCCAUAUUAUUCUAUUGUACUGCUAUGACUGUUAUUGUACUUGUGCUCAUCCUUUUCAUUAAAAGAAACAUGUCAAGUUCUGA